GCUAGCUAUACAAGCCUACAGGCGAGAUAUAAGACCCCGGUUCGUCAUGCGUCACACAAUGUCGAACUGUUUGACGUUUGUGUUCGUCUCUGUAAUGUGGAGUUGCAUCCAAAUCAGUACAGUAUCAGUGCGACCAAGGAUAACACGUCAACGAUCAGUUACAGUUCCAAGCUCUAUAUAAACAGUUGGUUCACAUUCCACACCUUCAUAGCUCAGCGAUCCGUUCGGAUAUCCGGAUAUUUUAGUUAGUCAUACUAAUUCAAGGCUCAUGGACUCUGUGGUUGAAGCAGAAAAACCUGGUUCUGGAUCAUCUUCGUACCAGGAUGCCAUGUCUAUUGUGAGAAGUCUGAAAUCAGAUAUUGUAACAAGAAAUGUAGCAGUUAGACAACACAAUAUUCCAUUCACGACGAAGACGCUGAAAUGUUGUGAUAUAACGCUGGAAGAUAUUGAUAGGCUGAGAAUUAUUCACAUCACUGGAACAAAGGGGAAGGGAUCGACAUCGGCAUUUUGUGAAAGCAUUCUCAGACACAGCGGAUACAAGACUGGAUUUUUCAGCUCUCCUUCCCUGGUCAAACUGAAUGAGAGGUUUCGAAUCAACGGUCAGCCUCUUUCUGACGAAGACUUCUGCUCUUACUUCUUCGACGUUUACAACAAAAUAGAACCCAUAUUGAAAAACAUGAGAGACAGAGAAAUUCCAGCGUUAUUUAGUUUUUUCACAACCAUGGCUUUCACUGUGUUCAUUAAAGAAAAGGUCGACGUAGUUGUGAUGGAAGUUGGUAUUGGUGGACAGUUAGACUGCACGAACGUCAUUCGAUCCCCCGUUGUGUGUGGAGUUACUUCCCUUGGAUUGGACCACGUUGAUAAGCUAGGCGACACGAUAGAAAAAAUAGCGUGGCAUAAAGCUGGGAUUUUUAAGAAGGGAGUUCCCGCUCUGACUGUCAGUCAGCCACCAGAAGCCGACGCCGUUCUUCUGGAGCGAUCACAGGAAAUUGGGGCAUCUCUGUACCGGGUCCCGACACUACACGAGUUCUGUGCCGCGGGUCAACAGAUACGUUUGGGUAUCGAGGGAAAUAUUCAGUUCGUGAACGCGGGACUCGCUCUACAGCUGUGUCGGGUAUUUCUACACAGAACCAACAAAGAAAAUCAGUAUGUCUAUGAUGUGUUGUCUGUACCCAGUGUGAAGGACAUUCCUAUGUUACCUGUCUAUCAACUCAGCCCUGAAGAAACUAAAGGACUGGCCCUGUGUUCGUGGCCCGGCAGGGCUCAGACAAUAUAUCGUCCUCGACUCACCUACUACCUGGACGGAGCUCACACCAAGGAGAGCAUGCAGCAAUGUGUUGAGUGGUUCUUAGAGAAAUCAGAGGAGGAGGCAGCUACUAUUAAAGGACGAGUCUACAAGGUUCUCUUGUUUACCCUUAGCGGGCAUAGGAGUAUCGCUAGUAUGCUUUCCAUCCUGAAGGUAAUCAAUUUUGAUGAAGUUGUAUUCUGUCCCGGUGUGGAUUUAUACAAGUUACAUGCGAAAUCGUCAGCUCAAAGCAACGAAAUAUUAAUGAACGCCUCUGAAAAGAUCAAGAUGACGUGGGACACUCUAUGUGGAAACUGCCCUGAAGAUGAUUGCGUCAAUAAUGACCAUUGUCCUUCUACCCUGACCAGUGUCCUGCAGACCUGUCCGGUCACUGGUAGAAGCACAACCUCAGAUCACAUGAAUAAAAUUCCAUCACCUCACUGUGAUGUUAACAAAUCCAGUUCGAGAAUGAACACUGAAAACGACACCAAUAACGGGAACUGUCCGUCCUAUGCGUUCCCUAGCCAUCUGCAAGCUUUGUAUUGGGCGACUCAAGGUCGCGAGCCCAAACUGAGUCCUGACGCAAACUCGGACCUGUACAACGUCCCCGAGAGACUCAAAGACGCAGAUCACAUUCAAGUCCUCGUCUUAUGUAUGCGUCUGGUGGGAGCAGUUCUCGGUGUGUUGUCAAACGAUGCGUCAAACUGAACAGUCGUCGAUAUACACGGGAUCUAUAUGGUCCGUCCCCUAUUUUUUUUUGAAGUAAUUAAUUUUGCCUUUGUAUAGGAUAAUGAGUGUUGUUUCAACAUACUCAAGCUACACUAUAUUAAUGUAACGCCUCAGUAAUCCCCCACCCCACCCCCCCACCCCCCAAGUCCUCACAAAAAACAUCUCCCCCCCCAAAAAAAAAAAACCACACAAAAAACCCCCACACAAAACAAAAAAACAAACAAACAAACAACCACAACAACAAAACAACAAAAAAGCCACCCCACAUUUUCUGUUGGAGGAAACAGCGUGUGAGACUUUUUAUAUGUGAUUGGCUGUUCCCCGGUGAUGACCCAGACGUCAAAGCCAUACCAUCCAAUGAAAUAAAUAAGCACGGCCGAAAUUGAUUGCUGUGUGACGUUUAAGUUCAUCGGAUACACACGCUAUUAUGUUAGCUGGGACGUUUAAGAUUGAUUUAAACCUAACCGUCAGAAACCACUAAUAUACAACUCGUUGUUUUAAAACGUAUCCACUUCCAUUUGGAGCGCAUUGUAAAAAAACUAGUUACUCAUGGCAUUCUAUUUAGAUGUUUCUGGGUGCUUUUUUAUUUAACAAUAGUUUGCGUUUCGCUUUUUUGGUGAACGAAAAAAGGUUGUCUUCGUUCCUGUUUACUGCAUCUAACGGUUAUGGACAAUUCUUUGGAAGCGAAACUGUCUUCACCAGAAACAAUGAUAGGGUUUUGUUGUUUUGCAGUAUAUAUAUCUGAACUCUUAUUUAACGUAAACAGGGUUUUGUGGUAUUGUUAUAAGGUAAACAAAAAUAGUAUUUUUAUACUGAACAAAUAUACCCAGCAUAUCUAACCAAAAUCUGCAAACACUCUCAGAAUACCUGGCCACUCUAUCUAACCCCACACCAUGGUAUGUGUGUGUGUGUGUGUGUGUGUGUGUGUGUCUCUGUCUCUCUCUCUCUCUCUCUGCCUCUCUCUCUCUCUCUCUCUCUCUCUCUCUCUCUCUCUCUCUCUCUCUCUCUCUCUCUCUCUCUCUCUCUGUGUGUGUGUGUGUGUGUGUGUGUAGGAACGUACGUAUGUGCGUGCGUGCGUGCGUGCGUGUAUUCAGACCUGUUUGAGUUCCCCAUCUUUAAAUUUUCUGUCUUUUAUCCUUUUCCUUUCCAGUCUGUCCUAGAAAUUUCAUCGUGUUCUCUCCGAUAUCGUAAGCCAUUCAACCUUUCAACUUCUUUAAUGUCCAGCUGCACCUCCCAGUCCUUGUCUCUCUAAUAGGGUUUGGACGUUGCCGAGUUGUAAAGCGCUCGACUGAUACGCGCUCGGUCUGGGAUCGAUCCCCAUCGCUGGGCCCCUUGGGCUAUUUCCCGUUCCAGCCAGGAGCCUAUUUCACUAAACAUCGUAAGUUUAC